AUGAGCAUGAACGGUGCCAAAACCAUUCUCACCCUGCAAAAGCGUAUAUACCUUAUUAAAUCUCAAAAUAAUGUGAUUCCUCAUCUGGGCAGGCUGAAGGAGGUCACCUUGAUGCCUUUCGUUGUUGGUGGAAUGAAGUCUUAUAGAAAGAAUGAAUUCUCAUCACGAAAAAGAAUUACGACCGACAACUCCAAGUUCAACAACAAUCUUGACAAAAAUGAUCUUAAAGAAGUCACAACAUCACCAAUUGUUAAUGAAAUUGAUCAAAUCUAUUUAACCACCCUCAGUCAACAAAAUAUCAUGAAAGACAUCAAACAGUCCGAGAAGGAAUAUCCAAUUCUUCACGGAGAUAAAUUCGAUCAGUUGUUUGACCUACAGGCUGAUACCUUGUCGAAAAUCGAAAAGCUCAGUAAGGAGAUGAUGAGUCAACAACAAGAAAUGAAAGAUGGAAUGGAAAACACCAAGCGAACCUUCGUCGAUGAAGAAAUCGAAAAGCUAAAGAGAGAGUUAGAUCGAACCGUAUCUCGAAUAAGCCACGAAUCUUUGAGGAAAAAUUCGGAACGAAAGAUGAGCGAAAACUGGAGCUUACAAUCGGUUCGACCGUUUUAUGAAAUAAUCGGAAGCCUCCAUGAAUUACGUGCAAAAUUGAAUCACACCACUCCGCCAAUUCCAGAAAAGACCUUAAACUUCGUUACCAAUCGACUGAUUAAGACUGUAGGCUCUAUUGAGAAGCGAUUGGAAAAGAUUAUAUUCCAUCAUCGCAACAACUUCUCCGAAGACUAUCUUAAGCACGCGAAAGAAGAAUUGAAGGUACAAAGGUCCCUUCUUGUGACCGAACGGCUUAGACUUGGUACCUCGCUGAUCCUCACCAUGUUUGCGAGCUUCUUUGCCGUGCAGUACUAUCAAGACAAUAAAAAGAAUAAUCCGAAAUCCGAAAAAGAGAUGCAAUGCUAA